AUCUUCUCUACCGGCAACGUGGCGACACACAACACUACAAAGUUGUGCUUUUCUCCACAAGUAUCCUACAAUCCGAGGACACGCCGUGUGGGACUGCAGCUGUCAGACUCCUCAGGGCGUGCUGGGAGACACAGUGCGAAUACAACGAAGAUGAAGGAUUAUGCACAUUCCUUCUCUGAAUGGUGUUAAGGUAGGCUGAGCCGGUGUGAAGGGUGUCAUUAUGGAUCACAGAGGUCACACCAGGCCCGACCCGGGCCGUCCCUCGCACAGAACUAAAGACAGAGAGGACUACUACAGGUAUUCUCAGCAGGACAGGGACCAGAGCUACCCACCACCACCCAACCCCAGAGAGAGGGAGCGGCCCUGGGCUCAGGAUGCCCGCUACAGUGCUCACUUCACCAGUCCUCCUGCCAGACCGGAGCAGUAUCCUCACAACACUCAGCAGUAUCCUUAUGGCGCUAUCCGACCGGAACACCAAAGACCACAGUCCAGGCAUGGGUAUGACUAUCCACCCCACAGCCACUGGGACUACAGAGACAACUAUGGUUACCAUGACCAUGACUACUACAGAGGACAGCAUGGACGACAAGAUGCUGGCCAGUGGGCUCCCCAGGACUCCCUGAGAACAGCCCCUUGCCAUGACAGAACGCACAAGCAGGAACAUUCAGGGAGCUUUUACUCCGAGGAGUACAGGUAUGACCAAGGCAGAGACAACUCCCAGCAUUACCUCAAUGACCACGAGGAUAAUAAUCCCUCCAGAGACAACCAAGAGGUUUCCUCUUAUUACCAGGGGACAUUAGAAAGCUCCAAAAACUCCGGGUUAUCCUCCAGCAGCUAUGAACUGAGUCAGUACAUCAAUGGAGCUGAACACAGCGAGCCUGUCCCACAGUCUGUUCACACAUCUGACAAUGCAGAGCAUGGACCGAUGCAUCAGGUGUCAGCUCCUCUCAAGUUCUCCAUCCCUCACACGGUCGUCAGCUUUGGGCCAGCAGGCCAGCUCAUACGGGUCACUCCAGGCUUGUCCACGCAGGAGAACGUCAGCCUGCUGGAAAUCCACAGCUUGGAAGUAAUUCUAGAUGAGACAGAGGAACAGCAGGACAUGAGAAACUUCCCGGGACCCUUAACCAGGGAAGAUUUGCACAAAGUAGAUGCUAUAGAGUUUGCCCACCAGAGGGCAAACGCUUGUAUGAGCACAGACAAGCUGCAUGAUAAGAGCUCUGCUGCUCUCUUGUGGAAUCUCCUGAUCCUGCUCUGCAGGCAGAAUGGACAAAUAGUUGGCUCAGAUUUGGCAGAGCUGUUGAUGCAGGGCUCAUAUUCAGAUGGAAGGUGGAAGUCAGAUACUCCCACACUCAUUGACUUCAGUGAGGGCACAGUUGAAGCUGAAGCAGCGCCACGCACAGGAGAUGACCUGCUCACAGGAACCUGCAGCAGCUUGAGCUCAGAGAGCGCAGAGAAGGCCCUGCAGAGCUACACUCAGCUGCUGCUGGCCGGAAGAAAGAAGGAGGCCUUGGAGUCAGCUAUGAGCAGCGGCCUGUGGGGGCAUGCACUUUUUCUGGCCAGCAAAAUGGACAACAGGUCCUACACCACAGUGCUGAACAGGUUUACAGGCCAGCUCACGGCCAGCGAUCCCCUCCAGACUCUCUUCCACCUGCUGACUGGGAGAAUCCCUGCUGUUGCCAUGUGCUGUGGAAAUGAAAAAUGGGGAGACUGGAGGCCUCAUCUGGCUGUUAUGCUCUCCAAUGAGACGGGAGAUCCGGCCGUCCAACAGAAGGCCAUCGUCACCAUGGGAGACACCCUCGCCUCCAAAGGCCUUACACACGCGGCUCAUGUGUGCUACCUGACAGCCAGCGUGCCCUUCAGGGCGUUCACACAGAAGGCAGAGAGGCUGGUGCUUCUAGGCAGCAGCCACAGACAAUCCUUUGAAUACUUUGCCACAAACCUUGCCAUCCAGUGCACUGAACUAUACGAGUACUGCCAGACACUUGGAGGCAAAUGCCUUUCAAUACCAUCCUUUCAGGUGUAUAAGUUCCUGUAUGCCAGUCGACUACUGGACUGUGGGCUUGUAUCUCAGGCCUUUCAUUACUGCGAGGUGGUGGGACAGGCCAUCCUCAGACAGAGGGAGCCUUUGUUUGUGCUGACUGGAGAGGUUGUUAAGCUGUCAGACAGGCUGAGAUAUUCUGAGGGUCAGUUCAGUGAAGCAGGUGUUAGCGGAGACGGGCAGGAACCCGACUGGCUGAAACAGCUCCGUGCUCGGCACCACAGUUUACAGACGGGGAGUUAUGACUGUACUGAAACACACCAGCCACCUCCUGGGGGAAGUGCUUUGGCCCAUCAGGGUAUCAAAGUGUUCUUGGAAUCGGACAUGGAUGACCUAAACCGUGACAUCCUGAGUCCAGAGCCUGAACUUCUUUAUUACAGACUCGCUGGGGAUCAAGAAAACCUUGAGCAUCAAGUUGAAGGAAUCACUGAGAAAAUGAACGUGUUGUCGUGGGACGGUAGCGGAACUCAGGACUGGCAACAUGCCAAUUCAGUUUAUGCUCCUCCAGCACCCACAGUGGCUGCGAGCCAAGACUUCACUUAUCAUAACACAGAUAGAGCUGAAGUCAGAACUGCCUUGCCACAUUGUCCUCUGAAUAAUCAGCCAUCAGCAGCAGAGGGGGCUGGGUCAUCCUCUGGAGCGGGCACAAUGGGGGCUCAGAUGCUAGAAUUCAACUUCAGUGAGCAGGGGCAAAACCGGCAGAGCAUCCCGCAAGGUUUCGAAGCCUACGAGCAGAGCAGCGAGCUUCCUAAACAGAGCACCAAGGCUGGAUGGUUUAGUGGUUGGUUCAAAUCCAAACCUAAAGAUGUUCAAAAUGAGGGUUCAGAGCAGCAAAGCCCGGCUCAGAUGGAGCUACCACCGACUACUGGCUUCUAUCCUCCUCCACCGCCUGCCAUGAUCUCUCCUGGCAUGUUCCCAUCACAGCCUUCCUCUGCUGGCAUCAACUCCUUUUCAAGGAAAGCAGGCCAGCAGCUGGGGUAGAAGCUGUGUAAGGACCACUAACCUGUAUCACAGGAUCUCUGAUAACGCGAGAACCAAAGUGGGUAUAUCACAUACUACUAUUAGCAGUGCCUUUAUGUCUUAUGUCUCACCUGAGUUUGGGUGAACACCAAUAAUAUCCAUACCGCUCCCCCCCACCCCACCCCCCGCCCACAUUUAUUUUUAAAGGGUGCCCUUUCAAUCACCCUGAGCCUGCUCACCAUCAUGUUGCAUGUUGGAUACAGAAAUACUGUGGAUGGACUGGCAUAGUAACUCAUAUUGCAGCAAGCGAAGCAGCUGAGAUGUGUAAAAGCUGACAGCAGGGAAUUACCAGAUGACGCAGGACAUAUUCAGGGGAAGGGAUAUU